CUAACGUUUAAUUCUAUGUUAAAGAACAUAGGUACUGUCGAAUAACACAGUGCGUUUUUACUGUGCUAAGACUGUUAUUUAUUUUAAUGUCGCAGUGUACUCGUGAGGAUGCUAUGGCACUUCAGAGUAUCGUCUGCUACAAGCGCUAACUCUCAAUAACAUCCAAAUAGAUCUGUCUCAUGUUUUGGAACAGUGCUUUUCAUAAGGGAAGGAUACCCAGAAAACCCAACAGAACGUUCGGAUAAAUCGCCCAAGCGGAGAAAUGUAUGCGAAGCGUAAAUAAAAAGUUUUUGGGAGAAGCUUGUUGUUACGGUGCUUAUUAGGCAGGAUACAGAAGUUGUCAAUAAGGGAUCCUGAUUAGUGAGACUCACCUACCCAAGAUGGGCCUCGUAGCAGGGUUUCGCGCAACCGGAUUUCGUCAGUUUCAUCGGUUUCUCAGUUGUCUAAACAGCAGAACAUUGAUAGAACUAUCCAAAAACAGAUAUGUACGAGAACUUGAUCUCCAAAUAAAAAACCAGCGUCAGCAAAGUCUGGCUACACCAUGUGUUGUAUCAGCGAGAUCAUUUGCAGAUAAAGCUGAUCCUAGAGCAGCUGUAGAUUUUCAUGAAUUCAAGGAACUUUUGAGUACUCAAGAUUACUUCAUUGUCGACGUUCGUGAAGCCAAGGAGCUCGCUGAAGAUGGCAGGCUUAUUGGCGCUAUAAACAUUCCACUAGGCCAGGUCGACACUGAAUUCGCUAAAUCUCCAAGGCAACUCAAAUCGCAAUACCAUCGCCUUGCUCUAGACGAAGAAGGUCGCAAUAUAGUAUUUUUCUGCAAAGCUGGCGUUCGUGCAGAAAAGGCAUUAACUACGGCACAGAAGCACGGUUAUACCAAGGCACGAUUCUAUAAAGGAAGCUUCUUGGAUUGGAUUGAAAAAGGCGGGCAAAUUAUCAAAGGAUAGCUUAAACAUCCAGGAUCCAAUACGUCACUAACGCAUCUUGACGAUCACAGUUCUUGCUAUUAAAUGUAUUUUAAACCUCGAGGUAUACAGGUUUGCGUCACCAUUGCGAACCUGGCUCUUACCUAAUGGCCUUUAACUGUUGAAACGUUAUCCAGAACGCUCGUCAAGUUUUUGAAAAGUUGCAAACGUUUGACAAUUUGAGUUUUAUGUACUUUUCGUACACCACAGGUUUACUUCUUAAUCCAUAUUAAAUAUCUGCAAAUGUAUACUUCACAAAAUGUUCACCAAAUACGUAGUACUUGCAGGUUUUUUUAUAAUUAAAUCAGCACCAUAGGAUUUUUCAGCAGGGCAACGUUUCGCAGGACAGAAUUAAAAAAGAAUUGAACAGAAAAAGCUUCUUUUACUUCGACUUUAAAAAAAUGUAAUUUCGUUGAUGAGUACAUCCAUUGCAAAGUUUAUAGAAGUUUCGUUCCGUUCGCUUUAAAUAUUAAUACGCAACCUAUCAUUGAGAGCGGCAUUGAAUAAAGAAUAAACGUUCUUUCCAGAUAA